AUGUCUGGGCUGGCUUUGCUUGGAGCCGCCGAUGCACGCGUGGACGCUGCACUGCCUUCUCGCACGCGGUACCCUUUCGAUGUCUUUGCCGACAACCGGUUCAGAGGCACAGAGUGCAGUUUGAGAGGGUUCGCGAAGCUCGCGGUGGUCACCUUCAACGGCGACUUCGGGCAGUUGCCGCCUGUCAAGGACAGGCGUUGGUGGGACCCGCCGAAGACAAAUGCUGCUCGCGCUUGCCGGAAUGUCGUUCGGAAGCUGGCAUACGCGUACUCCCUGCGCGGCAGCGUCCGUCAGCAGGGCGACGUUUGCUACGCAGACCUCCUGUGGCGUGUGCACGAAGGUGAUGGCUCUUCCGGCGAGGCGGAUUGGCGCCUCCUGAAUGGCAGGUCCAUGCCAGAACUGACAUCUGAAAAGCGCAGCGCUUUCCAAGGAAGCGCCAUGCGUUGCUACGCGGCAAAGAAGGACGCGACACAGGCCAACUUGGAAAAGAUACGGCGUGGUUUCCUCUCUGGGGAGCUCCCGGCCAUGGCGUGCGCCCCUGCUUGGCACAACGUGCGCGAUGCAAAGAGCGUGGACUCCACGCGGGCGGGCGGCUUGGAGAAGGAACUCUGGUUGGCACUGGGCGCCCGGUAUAUGGUGACAACGAACUUAUACACUGACGCUGGUGUCGUCAACGGGAUCAUUGGCGAACUCUGGGACCUCGUGGUUGAUGAAGACCCUUGGCAGGGCGUCACUUCUGCCACAGUCGCUAUCUUGAAGGCGCAAUGCGGCAUUCUCUUCACAGGCCUCAGCCGCGUCCCUGCGUUGAGCCGCUUGGCACUGUCUGCAGCGAUCGACUACUCAAGGCUUCAGGCCGUGUACAAGUCUGACGCGAUCCGGAAGCGCAAGGCUUGGGAGCGCUCUUGGGAUGGGGCCGCCGACUCCUUCCGCAGCUUCUUCAUCGCGUCGGCGCAGGAGGUCGGGUGCACCGAGGCCGUCGACGAGUGCGUCGCCGCGCAGCAUGUGGCCCUGCACCACGGGUUCGGCGCGCACUUCUUGCGAGCCUAA